CAGAGGGUCAAUCAGGUUACAAGGUCUCCUCUCGUCCACUGCAGUCACUCAUUAAUGUCCAGUCAUCGGCUUCCUGCUGCUCCACUCGUCCGUCAGUUCUGUUCAUCACUCUCUCAGUCGUCCACUUGUCCGUCAGACUGUUUUUUCUGAUGGAAGUGAAGCUCUGAAACAUCCAUUAUUAAUAUUAUAAUUUUACAGCUGACGUAAAAAUAUGAACAAACUGUUUUGAAAAAUAUUUGAAAAGAUAGUGAAAUAAAAAGGAGAUUAAAGAAAGAGAGCGAUGGGCUUCGCCGAACUGCUGGACGAGGUGGGCGGGUUCGGCAGGUACCAGUGGCUCCAUGUGACGCUCAUCAGUUUACCUGGUUUGUUGAUGGCGAGUCAGAACCUGCUCAACAACUUCGUCUCUGGAAUCCCCGCCCACCACUGCACCCUGCCGUCCAAUCACAGCCUCUCUAAUCUGUCUCACUACCAGGUGGACGAGAAGCAGUUGCUCAAGGUUUUCAUUCCUCUGGACUCCUCAGGAAAUAGACUGGACCGCUGCAGGAGGUAUGUGGAGCCGCAGUGGCAACUGUUAGCCGUUAACAACUCAGCUAAUGUUAGCGAACUACAGACAGAAGAGUGUGUGGACGGAUGGACGUUCGACCACUCUGAGUUCCUCGCAACCACCGUCUCUGAGUGGGACUUGGUGUGUGCGUUGCGUCCUCUGAAGCAGAUGAUUCAGACCAUCUAUAUGGGCGGCGUUUUGGCUGGAGCCAUCAUCUUUGGCAGCCUGUCGGACAGGUUUGGGCGGCGAUCUAUCCUCAUAUGGUCAUACCUACAGCUGGGCGUGCUGGGGGGCUGCUCCGCCCUCUCUCCCUCGUACACCACCUACUGUAUUUUUAGGUUUCUGAGCGGGAUGGCGGUGUCUGGCAUCAUCCUCAAUGGAGUCUCAUUGAAGGUGGAGUGGAUUCCGACCAAAGAGAGAACACUCGUUGGGACGCUCACAUCAUUCUUCUUCACCUUUGGUCAAAUGAUCUUGGCGGGACUCGCUGAUUGGUUGAGAGACUGGAGGAAGCUGCAGGUCGCCGUCUCUGCGCCAUACCUUCUUUUCUUCGCCUACAGUUGGUGGUUCCUAGAGUCUGCCCGUUGGUUGGUUCUGAACCGGCGGUCUGAGGAGGCGUUGAAGAGUUUACACAGAGUUGCUCGAAUUAACGGAAAACCAGAGAUUGUUGACAAGUUAACACUGGAGGUUCUGCACUCACACAUGAUCAAAGAGAUGGACUCGAGUCGUUCGACGUUUACAGCGUACGACCUCCUGAGAACCAGAACGAUGAGACGCAUCUCCGUCUGUAUGAUGGCCGUGUGGUUCGCCACUAGUUUUGCGUACUAUGGUUUGGCGAUGGACCUGCAGAAGUUUGGGGUGAAUAUCUACCUGAUGCAAAUCAUCUUUGCAGCUGUGGAUUUUCCCGCCAAGUUGUUUGCUCUGGGCAUGCUCAGUUACUGUGGGAGGCGGGUCUCUCAGGCCGUCUGUCUCUUCCUAUCGGGCGCCGUCAUCUUCGCCAACAUUUUUGUCCCGAAAGACAUGCAGGUCCUCAGGACAACCUUUGCGUGUCUUGGUAAAGGUUUAACCUCGGCGUCGUUCACCACUGCCUACCUGUACACUGGCGAGCUCUACCCCACCGUCAUCAGGCAGACAGGGAUGGGUUUGGUCUCCACCAUGGCGAGAAUCGGCAGCAUGGCAGCGCCUGCUGUCCUCAUUCUGGACGAGGUCUUCCCUGCUCUGCCCAGUGUGGUGUAUGGGGGCGCCGCCGUGCUGGCUGGAGGAUUCGCUUGUUUCCUGCCAGAGACCCUGAACAUCCCGCUGCCUGACACCAUCCAAGAUGUGGAGGAGAAUUGGUCUGGAAGAUACCCUGCAACUCGAGAGAAAGAGGGCGUGUCCUUACAAGAGGGCAUGACCUCUGACAACAUCAUAAAGUCCUGUGGGGGCGUGGUCUCAAAGGAGGGUGUGACAUUAAAAGAGCGAAAGGAAACAGAAGGGGCCGGCCUCAAUGCGCUCUGACCAAUCAGAUGCUGCCACAUCACACAGUCAGAACAGGCCUGAAGAGUAGGGAGCACUCCUGUAACCAUGGAGAUGUCAAUCUGAGAUCAUUACAGUUGUCACCAUGGUUACUGUAGACAUCCACAGCUGGUAGGAAACAAUGAUUAUCAAUCAAUCAAUCAAAUUUUAUUUGUAUAGCCCAUAUUCACAAAUCACAGUUUGUCUCAUAGGGCUUUAACAUGGUGAGACAUCCUCUGUCCUCAACAAGAGUCAGGACAAACUACUAAAAACCUUUUAACAGGUACAAGUACACAGAAACCUCAGAGACACAUGUGAGGACCCGUCUCCCAGGACGGACACAAGUCAACAGAUGUCAAGUGAAGGAAACAUCCUCAGAUUACCUUUUAACCCUUUUAUUAAACUGGUGAUGAACAUUAGGCUUGUGAUGUUGCCUUGGUGACGUGACAACACAAAGAUACUGACGCAGUUGAAACUAUUACUACGGCAACCACAAACCUGAACUUCACUUCCUCAGACCAGGACAACACGCUGACCAAUUGGAUAGAAGGACUGAAUCUCAACCAAUCACAAAGCUGUAAUCAUAAAGAUGAACCAGUGAUGAAGGAGGGUUCAGAGGAAACGUGUGAUGGGUCAGAUGAUUGAUUAUCGAUCAGAUGUAUAUGAUGUCUCCAGAGCAUUGCAAUAACAUGUCAACAAAACUAUGUAGAAAUACUAAGACUGAUGUUAAUAAUCAAUAAUAUAUGUAUGAGGCUAAUAAAACAAAUUAUUAUCAA